UGUCAUCUGCUGCGUACCGCUGUAAACAAUUUGUUUGGCCGUGUCCUUUUAAAGUGCCGAUCGAAAUGUGGAAAAAUGUUGGACUUCGGUGGUUUUCCAGCAAAAGCAGUAAUUUUUCUUUUGUUACGACACCCAUUUUCUAUGUAAACGCUGCGCCCCACAUUGGCCACCUUUACUCCGCGGUCAUCACAGAUGCCAUUCACCGGUUCAACAAUCUCGUCCACCCUGCCGCUCAGGCAUCGUCGAUUUUCAGCACCGGGACGGACGAGCAUGGUACCAAAAUCCAGCAAGCUGCCACGAGUCAUUCCGUGCCCGUGGACACUUACUGCCAGCAGAUUUCCGACCGGUAUCGUUCUUUGUUCCGGAAUUUUAACAUUUCGCACACGCGAUAUAUCCGGACAACCGAUGCGGAUCACACGCAAGCCGUCCAAUGCUUCUGGAAUGCAUUGGAACGUUCUGGGAGCAUCUACUCGGCCCAGUAUUCCGGCUGGUAUUGCAUCCCGGAUGAGACGUUCCUGACGGAUAGUCAGCUAAAAGAGAAUAACCUUGGGGUCAAGGUUUCCGCUGAAUCCGGCCAUCCGGUCGAGUGGACCGAAGAGAAGAAUUUCAUGUUUCGCUUAGAAAAAUACCAGGAUGACGUGCUCUACUGGAUCAAAGGCUGUGAAGAUCGGAUAGUACCGAUUAAAUUCAGGAAAAUUUUACUGGAUUUUCUUCAGGACAAACUGCCGGAUAUCUCCAUCUCUCGACCUAAGUCCCGGGUAUCCUGGGGAAUCGAUGUCCCGUCUGACCCCACACAAACCGUGUACGUAUGGCUGGAUGCGCUGGUCAACUAUUUGACCGUGAGUGGGUACCCUCAGGAGGGAUUUUCCCACCGUUGGCCUCCGACAGUGCAAGUCCUUGGAAAAGAUAUUCUAAAAUUCCAUGGGAUUUAUUGGCCAGCGUUUCUGAUUGCAGCCGGUUUGGAGCCACCGCGGCAGUUGCUGGUGCAUUCCCAUUGGACCGUAGAUGGCGAGAAAAUGUCCAAGAGUAAGGGAAACGUCGUGGAUCCGAAUGAACGGGCUUCACUGUAUACUCACGAGGGUAUAAGGUACUUCCUGCUGAGAGAAGGUGUUGCCCACAGUGAUGGAAAUUACAGCGACACAAAAAUCAUGCGAAUUAUAAACGCUGAACUGGCGGACACAUUUGGAAAUCUACUUUCAAGAUGCUGUGGUAAGGUACUGAAUCCCGAAGCUGUCGUUCCCGUCGUUCAACAGGACGAGUUCAAUACCUUAAGUCAGAUGGACGUUACCAAGAAGAUGCUUGAACUCCUAAACGAGUUGCCAGAAAAAUGCAUGACUCACUAUCGGCAGUACAAUUUCUAUCUGGUGGUUGACAGCGUAAUUCAAGUUCUGCACGCCACGAAUAACUUCUUCGAGUCGACCGCACCAUGGAAGCUGAAAAAACCUGAAGAGAAGCAACAACUGCAAGCUAUCCUAGGAGUGACCAUGGAAGUUCUGCGCCAAGCCGGAAUAAUACUGCAACCGAUUGUUCCAAUCAUGAGUGGGAAGUUGCUUGACAAGCUAAGCGUUGAACGGAAUCGGCGAUUGUGGACCGAUCUAACGCUGCAACUUGCGGAAGUGGAACGACCGCUGGCCGACACCGAUGCGGUGUUGUUUCGGAGGAUAAUUCCACCGAAAGUGGAGGUGGUUAAGGAGCCCAAGGCGAAAAAGUUGAAAAAGAAGAAUUAAUCAAAAAAAUUUGGGGUGGGUAAUGUCUUUUACAUUACCGCGGGGUUGACG